UUGUGUGUGUGUUUUCUGCAGAAGUCCAGCAUUAAUAAGGUCCCAUUGUUAAUCUCCAGCAUGGGUUUAGAAGCCUGGUUCAUGGACAGCUCUGAGGAGGACCAGAGGAAGCCUCACAAACUGACCCCGGACCAGCCCGUCUCUCUGGAAGAACUACGGCAGCUCGGGGUGUUUCACUGGAAGCUGAAUGCUGAUAUCUACGAAACAGACCCAGAGCUGGAGAAGAUCCGUAAAGACCAGGGCUAUUCCUAUAUGGACAUAAUCUCCAUUCACAAGGACACACUUCCUAACUAUGAGGAAAAGCUGAAGAGGUUCUUCGAGGAGCACCUGCACCUGGAUGAUGAGAUCCGCUACAUCCUGGACGGCCAGGCCUACUUCGACGUCAGGGACCAGGAGGAGCGGUGGAUCCGGAUGGCCAUGAGAAAAGGAGACCUGAUCACCCUGCCGGCCGGCAUCUACCACCGCUUCACCCUGGAUGAGACUAACUACACCAAAGCCAUGAGGCUGUUUGUGGGGGAGCCGGUGUGGAAAGCGUAUAACCGGCCCGCUGAUGACUCUGACAUCCGCAAGAAGUAUGUGACAUCUCUGCAGGGAUGCUGAGAGGGGACUGUGCCAUUCAUCGAAACGUGGAUCCAAUAUGAACACUGCUGCUACCAGAAUCAGGGCCUUUAUUGUGAUUCUGUAGAGUUUACAGUUAGAAUGUUAAGAAUCAUACUGUGGAUGAUUUAAGAUCUCCUCUAGCCAAAAUCAUGCACCAAGAUGCUUUCUAGUUGAGAAUGACUUAAUGUAGCCUAGAUUUAGAAAAUCGUGGAUGUGGGUUUUCUCUUUCCAGUUAAUCCUUCUACUUUUCUGUUAGUAGUUAUGAUUCUGCAGAUGAAACGCAUGAUUAGAUCGUAAUGUGUUUUAUAUUCUGUGUACUGACAUACACUACCCAACCACAGGUUCCUCCAUCUUACUCUAUUUACAUGACUACAUCUAGAUUUACAUCUAGCUAAAAAGCUAUAGCUUUGCUAAACUGUGAAAUCUUAUCCUAGCUUAAAUUGAUUAUUGUCAAAGCAACCACAAAAGGAGGAUUAGCAUCAUAGUAAGCAGCUACAUUAAAAUGGAAUGACUGACAACUUAUGUAACAUAAAUGAACAUACUUUGUAACAUUUCAAAGGGGUCAUUCUUCACUUAUUUAGGGUGAAAUACUUGUUCCAGCACAGGACAAUCCUUGUAAUCUCAGAGAAGCAUGUUGAAAUAUACCACUAAUCUGCAUUAUUUACUGAUUUUAUAUUCAAACCUUUAAAUCAGAAUUUAGAGAUGUCACUUGAGGUUCUUCUCCGCACCAAUGGAGUGGUUUCUGACAGAUUUACAUACAUUUUUGUUGUAUGGAUAAUAAAGCUGCUGCUAUUUUCAA